AGCAGGAGGGCCGCUUCGUGCGCCACAUUAUCCAGACUCCGGAGCUGAAACACGCCGGGCUGUCCUGGUCCAACUCUGCCGAGGAAAAUAAUCUCCAUUACUUUUCGCUUUCCGACGCAGAGGACGCUUCACCGGAAGUUGCACUGAGACGAUCUCCCGCCGCCACGGAAAGUUCCCGGGAAUAUAAAGUGAAACUUUCCCUCCGCUUGGCGCGUUAAGGUCGAUCCGACUGUGGAACGAAACCCGAGCUCCAGGACCAGAAUGGCUGCCCACAUUAAACACCUGGAAUUACACUUUCUUUGACAACAUCGCACACAGCCGCCAGAACAAACUCUCUGAACUCCACCGUGCAGCUUCUCCACCUGGUUUUGACUUCUGCCAUCAUGCCGAUUCUCAAGCAGCUGGUGCACAGCAACAGCCAAUCCAAGCGGAGGUCUCGGGCCGACCUGACCGCCGAGAUGAUCAGCGCCCCCCUGGGGGACUUCCGCCACACCAUGCACGUGGGCCGGGGGGGCGACGCCUUCGGUGACACUUCGUUUCUGAGCACCCGAUCGGGGGAGCCUCCUCGGGAGCCGGAGACCAAGCAGAGCCCCCCCCCGGGACCCAAGCCGGGGCUGCUGUCCCGAACCUUCAGGAGCAGCAAGCGCUCGCAGUCGGUGAACCGAGGGGACAAGUACGAAUACAACUCGACGGCGCCCUCCGGUGGCUCGUCCAACUAUGUGAAGAACGCCAUCUCCUUACCGUACCUCAACGACGAGGACGCCCACAGAAGCAACCACCUGACGAAGAGCGUCUCCUCCAGCCCCAUGAAGAAGCUCACGGAGAUCGACGCCAAGCCGAGCAACGGAGCCGCGGCGAUGGCGACGCUCGACGCCGACUUCGACGAGCGUAACUUCGGCGAGCUCACGGAUUUGCCUCCGUCCAUGCAACGGGGGGGCGGCAUGAAGCACGCCGAGUCCAUGAUGUCCUUCAACAUCGACCUGGGGCCCUCCAUGCUCGGGGACAUCCUGAGCGUGAUGGAGAAGAAAGGCUGGGAGGAGGACGACCUCGGCUACGAGGAAGGGAAGAGCAGCGAAGGCCACGCGUCGCCCUCCCUCAUACCCCACAUCGACGAUGAUGAUGAUGACGUGGAAGAGCAUGCCCCGGCCAGGCCCCCCCGCAGCAUGUACCAGCAGAAGGCCCCCGUGGACCCUUACACCCCGGAGCUGCAAACCAGGAGCAACCACCACAACAUGGACAGCUGCUCGGUGUCCAGCGCCGGCUCGGCCACGGAGGAGAAGGCUCGGUACCAGAUCCACGACGGCGACACGGACAGUGCCAAGUACAGCUCGCCACGGGGGGAGGAGGACAGAGACUUCACCUUCAUGGACGACGAAGACGACGAUGAGAUCCGGGUGUAGACCGACCUGCUCGGGCCACGCAGAGUUUUUUCCAAUGACACUAAUUGAGAGGACGAGGUGUCGGGCAGUGACGAGCUGGAAGCAUCUGAUUUAAGCUUCUGGUAGAAACUCUGCACACUUUGUCAACGUCAUAAAUAAAAACCAAUUAAGCCUUAUUCACUGUGCUGUAGCGAGGAGACGUGAGCGGAGUGCACGCUGAGACUGGGUCACCAAGCUGCUCUCUCCAAACUUUUGGGUUUGUUGAUUGCUGCAGUUUUUGUUUGCACCAUCAAACUCUGGACUCUUAUUAUUGUUAUUGUUAUUAUAAUUGCAAAAUUCGGUUUUCUAAAAAAACAAACCGGCUUCUGUCGUGUAAACUCUUAACUGUGCAUCUGCAGGAGAGGAAAGAAACCGGCGAGCUCGUUUUUUAAAGAAGUGAACGGCGACCACGAGGUUAGGGAAGUGUUAACCCAGCUGUCAAUCACAUGGAUAUCACAUUGGGAGCGUGAUGUGUGAGGUGAGCUGACGGAC